UAUAUCUAUAUGUAUAAAGCCACAGCGACUUCCUCUAUAUAUGUGUGUAGAUAAUCUUCACAAAGCGUUUAUUAACAUGGUGAAACAUUGUGCUUUCAAGAGUCCAGUUGAUCACUCGAACAUAUGCCAUUUAUAUGUAUGUACUUCAAAUUUACGAUGGGUUUAUAUAUGUAUGUACAUAUUUAUGAUAUGCGCGUAUAUAAUGAAAUAAGUAUGUAGCAGCGUCUUUGAAACAAUCGACAUCUGAAGCAUUUCUAAUCAAACCCUACGGUCAUAAAAACCUACACUUACAAAUUAACUUAUGACUCGAAGAUAACAAUUUCCAGCUCUAACUUAGCAAUCUUAAAAGGCUAUUCCUCCGUUCGGAGCUGAAAAUUUUGUUAAUUGUGUUGCGGCCGCUUAGCUGAUCGCGUAAUGUACCGCAACAAAAUGAACGUGAGUGUUGCAGUCCUUUUGGCCACUUCAUUGGCCUUCAUUGUAUCCUGUGAAGCGGCAACACACGGCAUUCCACCACUCUUUGGAGAGAAUCCUUCCGCACGCAUCGUAGAUGGGAAAAUUGUUGCCUCCGGUGCAGCGCGUGCAGUCCUGGACUAUCGGCUGCCGAACACAACUGAACCUGUGCACUACGACGUCGAAGUGACAACGAAUGUGCACAAUGGCACAACGGCAUUCAAUGGUACAGUUAAAAUUCAAAUAAACGUUAACGAAGAUACAAGAACAAUAGUUUUGCAUGCGCGUCAGCUAAGUAAUUUCACGGCAACUAUUUCAAACGCUUCGGUAACGGGAGGACAAAUUCAAGCGUUAAAUAUCUCAUAUGAAGAGGAACGAGAAUUUCUCAGCUUAACGCCAACGAACCAAUCGUUAACGUUCAAUAAAGGCAGCAGCUGGGUUUUGACCAUCGCCUAUCAAGGUGAAUUGCGUACUGAUAACGGUGGAUUUUACUUAUCCACCUACGAUGAUGACAACGGCACGGAACGGUAUAUAGCAACGACGCAAUUCGAGUCGACCGAUGCGCGCCAUGCCUUCCCUUGCUACGACGAGCCAGCCAAGCGUGCAACAUUCUCCAUCGUUAUUAAUCAUGAUCCCUCAUAUAAUGCCAUAUCGAAUAUGCCUUUGGACGAGGAGGCGAGCAGACCCGGCUACUCUGUCUUCCAGAAGACGGUUAAUAUGCCCACUUACUUGGUAGCGUUUAUUGUGUCCGAUUUUGAAUAUUCAGAAGGCGUACUGUAUUCACGCCCACAACGUGUUUACACACGACCAGGCACUGUAAGCGGUCAGGAAUUCGGUUUGGUUUCCGGUUUGUUGCUGCUGCAGCGACUUAUCGAAUACUAUGAUGUGGAUUUCGCACUACCAAAAAUGUAUCAAGUAGGCGUGCCAGAUUUUGCAGCUGGUGCCAUGGAAAACUGGGGUUUAGUUACAUAUCGCGAAGAAUAUAUAAUAUAUAAUAAGAACACAUCCACAACUAGUACACAAACAAAUAUUGCCACAAUCAUCGCACACGAAUACUGUCAUCAGUGGUUUGGUAAUUUGGUAGCCAUUAAAUGGUGGACGUACCUUUGGCUUAAGGAAGGUUUUGCCACCUUGUUCUCCUGGCAGGCAACCGAUGCGGCCUAUCCUGAAUGGGAUAUCUAUCAGAUGUUCCUCACCGACGACUAUCAACGCGCACUUACCGCCGAUGGUACAGGUCUAAUGAAUCCAAUGAGUCAUUAUGUGCAAACGCCAUCUGAGAUCUCCAGCCGCUAUNAACG